AGGCCUCUUUCUUCUACCCUGAAGGAUAUUCGGAGUUUUCAGUGCAACAAUCAGAGAGAUGGCAAGAAAUGAUUGGAUCAAUAGUUACCUGGAAGCUAUUCUUGAUGUUGGAACUAGCAACAAAAAGAGGUUUGAGAGUAACUCCAAGAUCGUCCAGAAGCUUGGAGAUAUGAAUAGGAAGGAUCAUCAAGACAAGGUGUUUGGAGAUAUGAAUAGCAAGGAUCAUCAUCAAGAGAAGGUGUUUAGUCCCAUCAAAUACUUUGUUGAAGAGGUUGUCAACAGUUUCGAUGAGUCUGACCUGUAUAAAACAUGGAUUAAGGUGAUAGCAACAAGGAAUACUCGUGAACGCAGUAACAGGCUUGAGAAUAUAUGCUGGCGUAUUUGGCAUCUCGCACGCAAGAAAAAGCAGAUUGUGUGGGAUGACGGGAUUAGACUUUCCAAACGGAGAAUUGAACGUGAACAAGGUCGCAAUGAUGCGGAAGAGGAUCUUCUUUCUGAGCUUUCUGAAGGAGAGAAGGAGAAGAAUGACGGAGAGAAGGAGAAGAGUGAAGUUGUUACAACUCUCGAACCACCCCGAGAUCACAUGCCCCGUAUCCGCUCUGAAAUGCAAAUUUGGUCCGAAGAUGAUAAAUCAAGUCGAAACCUUUAUAUUGUCCUAAUCAGUAUGCAUGGACUCGUGCGUGGAGAAAACAUGGAGCUUGGAAGAGACUCUGAUACUGGUGGACAGGUGAAAUAUGUUGUUGAGCUUGCUCGUGCCUUGGCCAACACUGAAGGUGUCCACAGGGUCGAUCUCUUAACGCGGCAGAUCAGUUCACCAGAGGUUGACUACAGCUACGGUGAGCCAGUUGAGAUGUUAUCAUGCCCUCCAGAAGGUAGCGAUAGCUGUGGCUCCUACAUUAUCCGCAUCCCCUGCGGUUCUCGGGACAAGUACAUACCAAAGGAGUCACUCUGGCCCCAUAUUCCCGAGUUUGUUGAUGGGGCGCUAAAUCACAUAGUGAGCAUAGCAAGGUCUCUGGGAGAGCAAGUGAAUGGAGGGAAACCAAUCUGGCCUUAUGUAAUUCAUGGCCACUAUGCUGAUGCAGGAGAAGUAGCUGCACAUUUGGCAGGAGCGUUAAAUGUGCCAAUGGUGCUAACUGGUCAUUCUUUGGGAAGGAAUAAGUUUGAGCAGUUGCUUCAACAAGGGAGAAUUACCAGAGAGGAUAUUGACAGAACAUAUAAGAUCAUGAGGAGGAUAGAGGCUGAAGAACAGAGCCUUGAUGCAGCCGAGAUGGUGGUGACAAGCACACGACAAGAGAUUGAGGCGCAGUGGGGGCUGUAUGAUGGUUUUGAUAUCAAGCUGGAGAGGAAGCUCAGGGUUAGACGACGGCGUGGAGUCAGCUGCCUUGGCCGAUACAUGCCACGAAUGGUGGUUAUACCGCCAGGCAUGGAUUUCAGCUACGUCUUGACACAGGAUUCACAGGUGCCUGAUGGUGAUCUUAAGUCACUAAUUGGCCCUGACCGAAACCAGAUAAAAAAGCCUGUGCCUCCAAUAUGGUCUGAGAUAAUGCGAUUUUUCUCAAAUCCUCAUAAACCAACAAUACUUGCGCUGUCUCGUCCUGACCACAAGAAAAAUGUCACCACAUUGGUCAAAGCUUUUGGUGAAUGUCAGCCUCUUCGAGAACUAGCCAACCUGGUACUUAUACUAGGUAACAGAGAUGACAUCGAAGAGAUGCCUAAUAGCAGCUCAGUUGUUCUCAUGAACGUACUAAAGCUGAUAGACCAGUACGACUUGUACGGCCAAGUAGCUUACCCCAAGCAUCACAAACAAUCUGAAGUUCCAGAUAUUUAUCGUUUAGCAGCCAAAACAAAGGGGGUCUUCAUUAAUCCAGCUCUUGUGGAGCCGUUUGGUCUCACGCUCAUUGAGGCAGCUGCUUAUGGUCUGCCCAUUGUUGCGACCAGAAAUGGAGGGCCUGUUGAUAUCGUGAAGGCACUAAAUAAUGGUCUCCUAGUCGACCCCCAUGAUCAACAAGCUAUUUCUGAUGCCCUUCUAAAGCUAGUUGCUAACAAACAUCUCUGGGCUGAGUGUAGAAAAAACGGACUCAAGAACAUUCACCGUUUUUCAUGGCCAGAGCACUGCCGUAACUAUCUAUCCCAUGUCGAACACUGCAGAAACCGUCACCCCACCAGUAGUCUCGACAUCAUGAAAGUUCCAGAAGAGCUCACAAGUGAUUCUCUAAUGGAUGUCGAUGACAUAUCUUUGAGAUUCUCCACAGAAGGAGAUUUCACGCUCAACGGGGAACUAGAUGCAGGUACUAGACAGAGGAAACUAGUUGAUGCCAUAAGUCAAAUGAAUUCUAUGAAAGGUCGCCCAUCUGUUAUCUACAGCCCUGGUAGAAGGCAGAUGCUCUUUGUGGUUGCUGUUGAUUCAUAUGAUGACAACGGAAACAUCAAAGCGAAUUUGGACGAUAUCAUCAAGGAUGUGAUGAAAGCUGCAGAUUUGACAUCGGGCAAAGGGAAAAUAGGUUUUGUGCUGGCAUCAGGUUCAAGCUUACAAGAAGUUGUGGAGAUCACGCAGAAAAACCUGAUUAAUUUGGAAGAUUUUGAUGCAAUAGUUUGCAACAGCGGAAGUGAAAUCUACUAUCCAUGGAGAGAUAUGAUGGUUGAUGCAGACUAUGAAACUCAUGUGGAAUACAAAUGGCCUGGUGAAAGUAUAAGGUCGGUUAUUCUGCGACUUGCAUGUACGGAACCUGCAACUGAGGAUGACAUCACAGAGUAUGCUAGUGCAUGCAGUACAAGAUGCUAUGCAAUUUCUGUGAAACAAGGAGUCAAGACUCGAAGAGUUGAUGACCUUAGGCAGAGGCUUCGUAUGCGAGGUUUAAGGUGCAACAUUGUCUAUACGCAUGCAGCAACAAGGCUAAAUGUUAUACCGCUAUGUGCAUCAAGAAUACAAGGACUCAGGUAUCUUUCUAUAAGGUGGGGAAUUGACAUGUCGAAGACUGUUUUCUUUUUGGGAGAAAAGGGAGACACGGACUAUGAGGACUUACUGGGUGGCCUCCAUAAAACCAUCAUUCUAAAAGGUGUAGUGGGAUCUGACAGUGAGAAGCUUCUUCGCAGUGAAGAAAACUUCAAAAGAGAAGACGCAGUUCCACAAGAGAGCCCUAACAUUUCCUAUGUGAAAGAGAAUGGUGGACCUCAGGAAAUUCUGUCCACUUUGGAGGCCUAUGGGAUCAAGUAAUUAUUUUCUAUUUCAGCUUAUUAUCUCAGAUCAUAUACUUCAAUGGGUUGGUAAACAGUGAUAAAUAACAAGACUACACACUCAUAUAUUGUAUACCGCAAUAAAAGAGUUGAGUAUUA